AUGGCGUCUGCCCCUGAUACCACGUCCAUCCCGGGUUAUACCAUUUUCCGGGAGGGAGACUAUGAUAGCGUUGCUGCAACUGCUAUGCUCCCGCAGGGAACUCCCCACCCGCUAGACCAGCUUUCAAUCAAGGAAAUCCCCUUGGCUGCCAAGCUUAUCCGCGAAUAUGCCAGCCCCAAGACCAUCAAAUUCAACUGCCUCACAUUGCGCGAGCCCGCCAAGGCCGAAUACCAGGCCUUCCGCGCUGGAAAGAUCCCUGCCCCCGAUCGCCGCUGUUUUGCCAUUAUCAUUGAGCGCGAGACCAAGGCCGUCGCCGAGGUCGUCGUCAACCUGGUCACCGGCAAGGUCGAGCUAUGGAAGCAAACAAAGGAUGUCCAGCCUACUCUCACCCUCGAGGAUCUGGAUAUCAUGGAGCGCAUCUCCCGCAAGGAUUCCCGCGUGAUCCGCGCCUGUGCCGAGCUCGGCAUCACCGAUAUGUCCAAGGUCUUCAUUGACGCCUGGGCCAUCGGUAUCGAUGAGCGCUGGGGCCUCGAGCACCGUCUGCAACAAGGAUUGGCCUACUACCGCGCCGAGGAGUUCGACAACCAAUAUGCCCACCCAUUGGACUUCACAGUUGUGGCCGAUACCGAGAAGGAAGAGGUCCUCAGCGUUGACGUUCGUCUCGUGAACGGUGAGCGCACCGCCGUGCCUCUCAAGGAACACAACUACCUCCCCCAGUACAUUGGUGACAAGUACAACCACGACCGCCUCAAGCCCAUCGACAUCACCCAGCCCCAGGGCGUCUCCUUCAAGGUGCGCGGCAACGAGCUCUCUUGGGCCAACUUCAAGAUGCACAUCGGCUUCAACUACCGCGAAGGUAUCGUCAUCUCCGACGUGCGCACACACGACAUGUACGAGGACCGCGAGCGCACCCUCUUCAACCGCAUCAGUGUCGUCGAGAUGGUCGUGCCCUACGGCGCCCCCGAAGGACCCCACCACAAGAAGCACGCCUUCGAUGUCGGCGAGUACGGCACGGGUCUCAUGACCAACUCCCUCAAGCUGGGUUGCGAUUGCAAGGGCGCAAUCCACUACAUGGACGGAAUCAUGUCAACAGCCAACGGCGAAGCCGCCGUGAUCAAAAACGCCAUCUGCAUCCACGAGGAAGACAACGGCCUCCUAUACAAGCACACCGACUACCGCGACGGCACGGUGAUCUCAGCCCGCGACCGCAAGCUCAUCGUCUCCCAGAUCAUCACAGCCGCCAACUACGAAUACGGCUUCUACCACACCUUCACGCUAGACGGAACCUACAAGCUCGAGAUGAAGCUGACCGGCAUGCUAAACACCUACUGCCUGCACCCGACGGAGGAAGCAGCACCCUACGGCACACAGGUUGCCCCCCAGAUCACCGCGCACAACCACCAACACAUCUUCUCGCUGCGCAUUGACCCCGAGAUCGACGGACCCAACAACUCCGUCGUGCAAAACGACGCCGUCUCCUCCGAGGCCGCCGUCGGCUCGCCCGAAAACCCCUACGGAAACGCCUUCUACAGCAAGAAGACUCUGCUGCGCACAUCUCUCGAGGGCGCGGCCGAUUACUGCUACGAGACCAACCGCACAUGGGACAUCAUUAAUCCUAACCGCAUGAACGCCGUCGCCAAGAAGCCCGUCGGCUACAAGAUCGUCAACAACAACUGCCCGCCGCUGCUCGCUAAGCCCGGCAGCACAGUCUACAACCGUGCUGGAUUCGCCCGCAAGCCGCUCUGGGUCACCCCCUACAAGGAUUACGAGCUCUUCCCUGCUGGUGACUAUGUGUGCCAGUCGACCGGUGAGGAGGGACACCCGCACAACUCGACGAUCGUCGAUUGGGCCAAGCGGAACGAGAGUAUCGAGAAUACCGAUAUUGUUGUCUACCUCCAGUUUGGAUUGACUCAUUUCCCUCGCACUGAGGAUUUCCCUGUCAUGCCUGCUGAGCCGGUUAGCAUUAUGCUCCGUGCCUCUAAUUUCCACGAGAAGAAUCCCGGUCUUUGGGUUCCUCCUUCUGCUAUCUGUGUUGAUACCCAGUCCAAGGAGGCCUUUGCUUCGUCUUGUUGUGCCGCAAAUGCCCCUGCUAGCUCGUCAAGACUGUAA